AUGUGGUACGAUGACCAUAUCUUGAUCUUCUCGUGGUUCCUCCUUCUCGCCAACAACAGUCUGAUAGUAUACGAAUUCGGAAACGGCUACGUCCUCGAGGACUCAUCCAAACAGUGGGAUGACCGCAUGCACAUACUCAUCAAUAUUUCAUCGUGUGGGACAUUGAUCGGCCAGGCCUUGACCAAGACAGCGUUUGCAGUAACACUACUACGGAUGAGCAACCGAUGGCAAAAAUGGAUACUGUGGUUCUGUAUCAUCAGCAUGAACUUUUACAUGAUCACCAAGGUGGUAUUCCAAUGGGCCAAGGUUUGCGGCAAGGCUACAUACGACAACUGGUACAGGUUGGACUUUUGCUUGGACUCUAAGUUUCGAGCCGACUUUAAGGAGGGUGGCAACAUCUACAAUAUCAUUAUGGAUUUCGUGUUUGCCUGCUUCCCUUGGCUCAUCGUUCGAACAUUGGAGAUGAAGAAGGCCGAGAAGGUCGGCCUUUGCCUUACGAUGAGCCUGGGAAUGAUCGUUGCCAUUGUCUCAGCUAUCCGAGUUAGUUGGAAAGAUCAAGGAAACGGCCGCGACGCCUACUACAUCUGGCGCAACGGCAUGUCGCAAAUUUGGUACUCAUCAGAAAUCGCCGGAACAAUCAUGGUGCAAUGUAUCCCCAUUCUUCGUCCUAUCAUUCGAAACAUCCACAAUUCCUUCACAUCACGCAAACUCGAAUCAUCCGCCGGUGAGCGAAAAGGCUCCGGCUGGACCUGGACACGCAGUAGCAAGCACAUCUCUACAGGACCUCUCCCCGUCCUUGUCCACAACAACAAUAACGAAAACAUGGAGCUCCGUAACAUCCCCGAGGAGAAUGAACCACAGGAAUUCGACUUUUGGGAUAAGAACCGCGUACCAACACCUGAUAUCGAACAGGCCAGACCGGUGGAUCACAAGUUCACCAGGGAUGAUAGUUGGCCGCUAGGACCAGCAAGUGAGUCGAAUAAAAGCACAAAGAGCUUUGAUAUGGUGCACCCCGGAGUCGGGUUGGCUGUUGAGCAGGAGGGUUACGAGCAGGGACUCUCACCACCACCGCCUCGAAGGAAUUAA